AUGGCAGUCUCUCGCCAGGCCUCGCCCUGAGGGCAUGUGGGCGAGUGGAUCAUCGCGUCCGUCAUGGAGCUGAAGGUGUGGGUGGACGGCGUGCAGCGGAUCGUCUGCGGCGUCACCGAGGUUACCACCUGCCAGGAAGUGGUCAUCGCGCUGGCGCAGGCCAUCGGCCGUACGGGCAGGUACACCCUCAUAGAGCGAUGGCGGGAGUCGGAGCGCCACCUGUCUCCCCACGAGAGCCCGGUGGCGUCGCUCAACACCUGGGGGCAGUACGCCAGCGACGUGCAGCUGGUGCUGCAGCGCACGGGCCCCUCCCUCAGCGAGCGGCCCGGCUCCGAGGGCCCCGCCCGCCUCCCGGAGCGCGGCCUCUACCGCCAGAGCCUCCCGCCGCUGGCCAAGCUCCGCCCCUCGCCCGCCGACCGCUCCCUCCGGCGCCGCGAGCCCAAACGCAAGUCGCUGACCUUCAGCGGGGGGGCGCGCGGGCUCAGGGACAUCUUCGGGAAGAGCCGCGACGCAGAGGGUAAGCACAGCCAGCAGCAGCAGCGUGGGGGGGUCCACCUCAGCCUGACCCGGGUCCAGUACGUGGGGGGCGGGGGCUACGGCUCGCUGCCCCCCAGCCCGGCCCGGGAGCUGGGCCGGCUGGUGCAGCUGCAGCGGGACAAGCUGCAGGCGCUGGACGGCCGGCUGGGGGUCUGCGACGCCGAGCUCCGCGACUGGGAGGAGGCCGCCGGCCAGCCCAACCAGGCGCUGGGGUACGAGGAGGAGCUGCUGCUCCUGCAGCAGCAGCUGCAGAGGAGCGACGCCGAGGCGGAGGAGGAGGAGUUCUGGCUGAACGAGCUGCACAUCGAGCAGGAGAGCGAGCGGCAGCUCCGCCUGCAGCUGGGCGAGCUGCAGAGCCGCGUGCACGAGGUCACCGGCCGGCUGCUGGAGUACCUGGCCCGCGUGCAGACCAUGGAGGCGGGGCUUGAGCAGACGAGACUGCAGCAGGAGGCGGAGCUUAACCAGCAGGCCAAUGAGGAAGAGGUGCAGGCCCAGCUGUGCCGGGUGCGGGCGGAGCUGGAGCAGCAGAGCCAGCAGAGCUCCCGUCUGGAGAACAGCUGUCGGGCGCUGGAGCGCUCGCUGGGCCAGUCGUCCAAGAGGCUGCAGGACCAGGACCAGGAGCUGGAGCAGCUCACCAAGGAGCUGCGUCAGGUCAACCUGCAGCAGUUCAUCCAGCAGACAGGCACCAAGGUCACCGUGCUGCCGGCCGAGCCCGGGGACGAGGACCGCGAGGCGGAGCCCGGCUCCCUGAGGCGGCUCGGCUCGGCCCGCCUGCUGCCCAGCGACCUCCGCGACCUCCAGGGCCCCGCCUCCUCCAGCCUCAACCCCGAGGGCAUCUACGUCUGAGCCGCCCCCUCGGCCCUGCCCCCCCACAGGGCUCCAGGGGCCCCGGGGGCGGGGGGGCAGGAGCAGCUUCCACCCCCCUACGAAGGGAAGGUUCCCGCCCCGCCUGACCCGGAGGGGGGCUCUUCAAUACUGCUGCCGGGGGCUCUGGAGCGAGACACCGGAGGGGUUCCAGUGACUGAGGCCGGGCGGAGGCUCAGACUACGUCCUAAAUGAAACGUUCUGUUUUUAUUUAGAUUAACCUUCACACAUCCCAGCUCUGCGACAGCGACUCAGAAUAACAACGAGGAUAACGCAAACUCCUCCGGGCCUCAACCUCUCUCAGCGUCAGCCCCAAACAACGCGCGACCCCCUGAUGUGCAGGGGGUCCCCUACAAUGUCUCAAAACAAAAGGCUGCUUUUGAUCUGAGACCCCCAACACGGACUGGACUGCUGUGACGGACCACCCUGGGGGGGGGGUGAGGGGGGGUUGGUCCAUACUGAAGGAGACGAAGGGAAGUGUUGAGAUUAUUGAUGGGGUGGGAAAGUUGUGUCAUGUUGCCACACACACACACACACACACACACACACACACACACACACACACACACACACACACACACACACACACACACACACACACACACACACACACACACACACACACACACACACA